GCUCAUUUCAACACGUCCAUUUGGUCAAUAUGCCUGUUAGACGACCAAAAGAAAAGUUGCAUUUCAUCGCGGAAAUGCACGCGCUUCGAUGCACCUACAUACGAGUCGGUUUAUAGUUUCCAAGUUGGGUCGUCGCGACAAGAAAUCAGACCAAGACGAUACUCAACCAACCACAGCCUGCCUAGCCACAGUCCGCAUCGUACGUGGCGAAGCGGUUACUGAAAGAACAAUCAAAUAAAAUAAAAUUUUCGAUUAGAAAGUGUUGUGUAUACGCGCAGUUUACCGCGCCAGAACAAGUGACAGUGACAAAUUCUUGUGUUUGUGAUCUGUGACUUUUUUCUUUUUGGAUCAUCUAGAUUAGAAUAUUGAACACCCGAUAAAAUGACAGCACCCAACCAUAAUAAUAAUAGUGUGCGACCGGAUAGACUGCGGCAAAUGUUCAGUUGGACUGGAGAGACCUCGCCUCCGUCGCCACUGGGCGACGAGAAGGAGUCGAAGAUGAGCCAGAUACAAUUUUCCCCGCCAAGCGACAAACAAAAUACACUGGCAUUACAAAAGGGGGCGGAGGCGGUGUGCGUGCAGAAUGCAUACAAACACUAUGGAUCCAACAAACGACCGAACCAUGUUCUUAGUAAACUAAACAUGACCGUCAAAAAGGGCACAAUAUACGGUCUACUAGGCGCGUCAGGGUGCGGCAAAACGACUCUUCUCUCCUGCAUUGUAGGCAGACGGAAACUCAAUAGCGGAGAUAUUUGGGUGCUCGGUGGAAAGCCAGGCACAAAAGGUUCCGGUGUUCCCGGAAAACGAGUAGGGUACAUGCCCCAAGAAAUAGCUCUUUAUGGAGAAUUCACCAUCAAAGAAACGAUGAUGUAUUUCGGUUGGAUCUUUGGUAUGGAGACCAGGGAGAUCGUGGAGCGACUGCGGUUUCUUCUGGACUUCCUUGACCUUCCCAGUGAGAAUAGAAUGGUCAAGAACUUGAGUGGUGGACAACAGCGGCGUGUAUCCUUCGCCGUGGCAUUGAUGCACGAUCCUGAACUGCUGAUCCUUGAUGAACCCACCGUGGGGGUCGACCCUCUUCUCAGACAGUCUAUCUGGACCCAUCUGGUGCGAAUCACCAGCUCCGGAGAUAAGACUGUUAUCAUUACAACCCAUUAUAUUGAAGAGGCCAGGCAGGCGCAUUGUAUUGGUUUGAUGCGCAGUGGCCGCUUGCUGGCCGAGGAUCCACCGCAGGCACUCCUUAGAAUGUACAACUGCAUAUCCCUUGAAGACGUCUUUCUUAAAUUAUCUAGGAAACAAGGACAAGGCAACCAGGUACCAGAAAUAACUGUAUCGGGCGGAGGCCUAGGACUCAACAAGAUGUCUAAACGGGAAGAAGCUCCCUACGCCAAUGAAGACGCGCAAGUUAUCGGGCUAAACUUCCACCAGAGCAAGGAGGUGCUGAUUGUUGAUAACGGAGUUGGUUCUAAUGGAGAUUUGCCAGGAAAAAAAAUGGAGGCGGCAACAGGCUGUACCGAUUGCCUUGGUAGAUUUAGUUUCACAUCCCGAGGUAAAAUUAAGGCGUUGAUUCAAAAGAACUUCUUGCGGAUGUGGAGAAAUAUCGGUGUGAUGCUGUUCAUCUUUGCCUUACCCGUGAUGCAGGUCAUUCUUUUCUGUUUGGCGAUUGGACGGGACCCAAGUGGACUUAAAAUGGCUAUAGUAAACCACGACGUUAAUGUGUUCGACGGGUACUGUCCAUACAACGCUUCCUGCUCUAUGAAGAAUCUGUCUUGUCGGUAUUUGGACAAUUUGAAAAAUGACUCAAUCAUCAAGAAUUAUUAUGCUAACCUAGACGAUGCAAAACAAGCGGUUCGGGAAGGAGAGGCCUGGGGAGUCAUCUAUUUCAAUGAGAAUUAUACCGAUUCCUUGGUCGCGAGACUGGCUUUAGGUGACACGGCUGACAAUGAGACAAUAAUGUCAUCAGAGGUGGAAGUAUGGCUGGACAUGUCCAAUCAGCAAAUUGGUUUGAUGUUGAGUAGAGACAUACAAUUCUCUUACCGGGACUUCGCUAAGGGUCUUUUAUCGACAUGUAACUACAAUCCUAAAGUGGGCGAUAUUCCUAUCGACUUCAAGGACCCUAUUUACGGUGAUACCAAUCCAUCCUUCACUGAUUUUGUCGCGCCGGGUGUUAUUCUAACAAUCGUGUUCUUCUUGGCCGUAGCUCUGACUUCGUCUGCUCUCAUAGUAGAACGUACUGAGGGCCUAUUGGAUCGAUCCUGGGUGGCCGGUGUUUCCCCAGGGGAGAUUUUAUUCUCUCACGUGGUGACCCAGUUUGUUGUGAUGUGUGGACAGACAGCGUUGGUGCUCAUCUUCAUGAUACUCGUCUUUGGAGUGAAGAGUAAUGGAAACAUCGCGUAUGUCGUCAUGCUGACGCUUUUGCAAGGACUUUGUGGAAUGUGCUUCGGCUUCGUGAUAUCAGCUGCCUGCGAGCUCGAACGAAACGCCAUCCAGCUUGCCCUAGGUUCAUUCUACCCUACUCUCCUUCUCAGCGGGGUGAUUUGGCCCAUCGAGGGUAUGCCAUGGAUCCUACGAUACGUGUCUACUUGUUUACCCUUGACCCUCGCUACCUCGUCACUAAGAUCCAUAUUGACCCGCGGUUGGCCCAUAACUGACCCCGAUGUCUACAUGGGCUUUGUUUCGACUAUACUGUGGAUUUCUUUAUUUUUAGUCCUUACUCUAACAAUUUUAAGGUUCAAACGGGGUUGAAUUAGUUUUUGUUUUAUUUAUAAGUGUUGCUUUGUAAAAACCCAGUACCAUAUAUUAAGCUAUGGUAUUUGUGCCUAGUUUAAUAUUUUAAUCCAGUUGUAUCGUACGAAUCGUUGUAAUAGUACCGCACAGUGAUAAAAUACUAAAAAUUCUAAACAUAUAUGCUCCAAAAAAGUAGUUCUGACUAUUGGGUUUUUACAUAACAACGGUGAUUAUUUAUUUUUUCUGGGUUUUGUAUGCAAGUCUUUUUUUAUCUGCUGUAUAUGGCAACCCUUAUAAUACUGCUGUAUCGUGGAAAUAAUUUGCUCAAACUGCUAUGAACAAUGUGUGAAAUCGUUAUAACCAAGAGUAAAAUAAAAUUGAUUUCACACCUGCCUGGAUUAUAUUGAUGAAAUUAGAUUAUAUUCUGUGCUAAUCCCGCCAAAAUAAGCCAGGCCUUAGAGUAAAUGACUGUUAGUCAAUGUAAAUAGUAGAAUAAUACUAUAAGGUUAUAGGGAUGUUAGCAAUUAUGAUUUGUCCAACGCUUUUCUUAGGGUUUUUUCAUACAAGGAUUGAGACCUAACAAUAUUCUCUUAUUAUUACCAGAGAUUUAAUUCCCUUUUAACAAUAGACAAUUAAAUAUAUAUCGUAGACAAUUUAAAAAGUUUGAGGUGAAAAUGAUAAAAAUCUUAUAGUUAAUUUCUCCUUUUUAUAUAAUGCUGGUUUCCUCCUAGAUGAUUUUUAUACCCCCGGUGUAGGACUACGUUAAGUGUCUACGACUCGAAGUUACCAUAGAUUUAGAUGGUGCCAUAAUGGUGAUUUUUUUAUCGAACUCUGCGACAAAAUUUUAAUGUAAUCGUCGAUUACAAACUAAGAUUUUGACACUACGCGCCAUCUUCAAUCGAAUUAUGUUCCGUAGAUUAUAUUUAUAAACCAACUUGAAUGGCAAUAAGAUAAUCAAUAUUGUAUAGUUUGAAAUAAUUUAGGCUUCAUAGAAAUAAGGUUGUAUUUUAGACAUGGCAUAAAUAGUAAAUGAUGCUAGGUAUUUUAUAAAAUUUUGUAUUUUUUUUACAGAAAAUAUAAUAAAUUCGGUUAAAUUUGAACGGGCAAUACUUAAAUGUAAUUCAAUAGGAGCUAGAUUAGGCUAGAAGUGUCAGACUGUGAUUAUUUUUGCUAACAUUGACAUUUUGUUAUGACAAUUAUACAAUACUGUACCAAAUAAGAUAUUGUGUUUAUUAAUGUAGACCUUUUUAUUUAAAUAAAAGUCCGUACAAUCUGUCA